UCUCUCAGGAUGAAAGUUCCUGUAAUUGGAAUCGAUCUCGGAACAACUUAUUCAUGUGUGGGCGUUUUCCAGCAUGGAAAAGUCGAAAUAAUCGCGAACGACCAAGGUAACAGGACGACGCCAAGUUACGUUGCUUUUACAGAAACCGAACGAAUGAUUGGCGAUUCUGCCAAAAAUCAAGUCGCAAUGAAUCCGAAAAAUACUAUUUUUGACGCCAAAAGACUCAUCGGAAGGAAGUUUGACGAGCCAUCGGUGCAAAGUGACAUGAAACAUUGGCCAUUUAAGGUUAUUAACAAGCAAGGAAAACCGAUGAUACAAGUGGAAUACAAAAAUGAAAUGAAAACAUUUAGUCCCGAGGAGAUUAGUUCAAUGGUGCUGACCAAAAUGCGCGAGACGGCGGAAGCGUUUCUAGGAGAGAAAGUUACUCAGGCAGUAAUCACAGUUCCGGCAUACUUCAACGACUCUCAGCGCCAAGCAACGAAAGAUGCAGGCAUCAUAGCAGGAUUAGACGUGUUACGAAUAAUAAAUGAGCCUACAGCUGCUGCCUUAGCUUAUGGUCUCGACAAAAAUCUAUCUGGCGAAAAGAAUGUCCUAAUCUACGACUUAGGCGGGGGUACAUUCGAUGUAUCCAUACUUACAAUUGAUGAGGGAUCUAUCUUUGAGGUUCAGUCUACAGCGGGUGACACUCAUCUGGGAGGUGAAGAUUUUGACAACAGAAUGGUGGAUCAUUUCGUCAAGGAAUUCAAAAGGAAAUAUCAAAGGAAUAUUACAUCAAACAAUCGGGCUCUUCGAAGACUAAGAACGGCAUGUGAGAGAGCCAAAAGAACUUUGUCCAGCAGCACAGAAGCUAGUAUAGAAAUAGAUUCCCUAUGCGACGGAGUAGAUUUCUAUACUAAAAUAACGCGAGCAAGAUUCGAGGAACUGUGCUCCGACUUAUUCAAGAGCACAAUGGAACCUGUCGAAAGAGCAUUAAAGGAUGCCAAAUUAGACAAGUCUAAAAUCCACGACAUAGUUCUGGUUGGUGGAUCAACACGAAUACCAAAGAUUCAAAAACUGCUCACAGAUUUUAUGGGAGGAAAAGAACUAAAUCGUUCUAUCAAUCCGGACGAGGCGGUAGCGUACGGAGCUGCCGUUCAGGCUGCUGUUUUGUCUGGCGAUUCGAGUGAUGCCAUCAAAGACGUGCUUCUCAUCGAUGUUGCACCGCUUUCACUUGGAAUAGAGACAGCAGGCGGUGUUAUGACGAAUCUCAUUGAAAGAAACAGCCGAAUUCCGUGCAAGACAAGUAAAACAUUUACGACAUACUCCGAUAAUCAACCAAGUGUCCAUAUCCAGGUUUUCGAAGGAGAGCGUGCCAUGACGAAGGACAAUCACAAACUUGGAAACUUUGACCUCGCUGGUAUUCCACCUGCGCCUAGAGGUAUCCCGCAAAUCGAUGUUGAAUUUGAUUUAGAUGCCAACUGCAUUUUGAAUGUUUCUGCAGUGGACAAAAGCACUGGUCAAACGAAUAAGGUGACCAUUACAAACGACAAAGGUCGAUUAAGUAAGGCUGAUAUUGACAAAAUGGUUUCAGACGCAGAAAAAUACAGGGAAGAGGACGAAAAGCAGAGGGAUUGUGUACAAAGCAAGAACCAACUGGAAAACUACGUGUACAGUGUUCGUAAUGCAGUGGAGGAGGAAAAGGAAAAACUUCAGCCCUCAGAAAAAACAGAAGCGUUGAAUGCAUGCGAGGAGGCCCUAAAAUGGCUUGAUCUAAACGCAAACUCAGAAAAGUCGGAAUUCGAAGGUAAAUUGAAAAUGAUGCAAGAUACUUGUAGUCCGAUUAUGACAAAACUCCAUGUCGGUCAGAAAGGAGAAGGUGCCGCAGGCGGACCAAAGGUGGAGGAGGUAGAUUAAUGAAGU